CAAGACAUUAUUUAUCUUAGAUAAAUGUUACCAUAAUAUUUAACACCUUUUCAAACUUUAAACUUAUUCACUGUUAAAAUUCAAAGUAAGAGCCCAAUAAAAUAAUUAGUCAUGCCACACAACAAUGAACGCACUAAUGAAGGUGGUGACGUUUUACGUUAUGAGAUUUUAACGAGGUGGGCCCUUUUAUUUUACGUAUAAAAAUUUAACAUAGAAUAAGAAAAUUUCAUUAAGUCCUCAGAUUUUGUCAAGUUAAGACCUAUAGAAUAUCUAUUUAUUUUCAAAUUUCGAGAAAUAUUGUAGUUUUUUGGUAAAGUGUAUCAGAACUUUUUUUGGACCUAUCAACACGUUUAAUAUGAAGGAAGAAUUUAUUAAUAGAUGCUCUAGGAGAAGGAGAUUAAAUUUAAAAUGUGGACUAACAAUGUUGUGUCUUGCAAUAUUUGUGACUCUGUCAGAAGGGCAUUUCAUUCCUGAUAAUGAUUUUAUUCUUCUACGGAAUCGAGAUCGAAAUCAUCGUAGGGAAAUUUUAUUCACGGAUUCACUGGAAACAAACAAUAGAAAUGAUGAUUGUUUCACACCUGAAUGCAUUGAUACAGCAAUAAGAGUACUGAUGUAUAUGGACAAAAAUGUUGACCCAUGCGAUGAUUUUUAUAAAUUUGCUUGUGGUCAAUAUCCAUACUUUGUGGAAUUUCCAAAUAGUGAAUCCAAUAAACUCGAUGAAUUUUCAAUAAUUGAGGAUAAAGUUAAAAAAGAAAUGACAAGUAUUCUAGAGGAGGAAUAUACAUCCACUGAAUCAAGAUAUGCAAAAUUAAUAAAAACUUUUUAUCAAACGUGCAUGAAAACAACUGAUAUAAAUAAAGAAAAUAUAAAGUUAAUAUCGGAUUUAUUGAAUACAAUCGGUGGAUGGCCCCUUUUAGAAAAAACUUCUUCCAGUUAUAAAAAUUUCCAGUGGGAAAAAUUUGGAUCCAAAAUGAAAAAAGUUGUCUUUUUGAAAAAUAGUUUUAUCAUUUCAACCUUUCGACAAGACACAAUGAAUAAUUCAAACACAGUCAUACAAAUUGAACAGCCCGAAUCGUUUGAUACAUCUUCUGGUUAUUUGAAUUUAGUAGAAGCCACUGUAAAACUUUUUGGAGCUGAUGAAGUAAAAAUUAAGGACAUAACCCAAAUUGUAGACAUAGAAAAACGUCUUUUUAAUAUAUCUGUGCCUUAUGCAGAAAGAACUGAUUUUCGUGAUAGAAUGACUGUUAAAGAGCUAAUCGGAAAUUAUUCUAAUAUUUUGUGGAAGGAUUACUUUAAUACAUUUUUAAAGCCAUUUAAUACAAUUAAAGAUGAUGAUAUUAUAUUGAUUAACCAUGCCAACUAUUUCAAACAUUUUAACAAACUUAUUAAACAUUUUUCAAAAAGAGACCAGGCUAACUAUCUUAUUUGGAAAGUAGUCGAAGGUUUCCUCAAUAAUUACGUUGGAUCCAUCGAAAAUAAAAAAGAAAAAUCGAAAAUGUGUUACAAUCAUGUAUAUGAUCUGUUCGGUAAUAGUUUUGGUAUGCUGUACAUAAGAAAACACUUCGAUGCAAAAUCCAUCACCAGCGUUACGGAUGAAAUGGAGUCAAAUAUUUUUGAACAGUUUAAUAAAAUUCUAGGACAAACUGAUUGGAUGGACUCAAAGACGAAGGGAAAGGCGUUCGAAAAGCUGAGAUCAAUGUCCAUUGUACAUCCAAGUAUAUUCGAAUCUUAUACUGAUGACGAGAUUGACGAAUACUUUGCGAAUUUGGAAAUAACGCCGGGAGAUUUUCUUCAAUCAUUUAUAAAAAUUACGAAAUUUGAAAAAUAUCACAAUAAACAUGAGUUCAGAAAGCCUGUGAACUUUUCCAGUUGGAGAAGUCAAUUGAAUCCUAUAACUGUGAAUGCAAUGAACUAUAUGUUCAAUAAUAGCCUGAUCCUGUCACCAGCUAUUCUUCAAGGAAUUUUUGUCAAUGAAAACAGACCUCGAUACAUGAACUACGGAUCUAUGGGAAUUAUAAUUGGACAUGAAUAUACUCAUACUUUUGACAACAAUGGUAAAAAUUAUGAUAAAUUCGGAAAUCUGGUCAAUUGGUGGGAGCCAGAGAGCGAUAAAGAAUUUUUUUCAAAAACAAAGUGCAUAAUUCAUCAAUAUGGAAACUACACAGUCAAAGAAGUAAACCAGAAUGUUAAUGGUGAGAGUACACAAGGCGAAAAUAUUGCAGAUAAUGGAGGAGUUAAACUUGCAUAUUUAGCUUAUGAAGAGUAUAUGAAAACUCACGAUCCCGACUUACUGUUACCUGGUGUGGAUUUAUCGCAACGUCAACUUUUUUGGAUUAGUUUUGCUCAAACAUAUUGCGUGAAAACUACUGAAAAGGGACUGAAUAAUACGAUUUUAAAUGAUUUUCACAGUCCUAAUGAAUUUAGAGUAAUUGGUUCUAUUGUCAAUCGACCAGAAUUUUCAAGAGAUUUUCAAUGUGCAAAAGGUACGAAUAUGAAUCCUAAAAAUAAAUGCUCUGUAUGGUAAAAGUAUUUUAAAUAAACAUUUAAAGCAUAAAAAAA